AGGACGGAGAGGCAGAAUCGGAAUAGCUCUCCUGUCUCCUGGCAACUAUCCUGACGCAUCCAAAAAAAAAAGUCAUCCGAAAAAAAAAAAAAAGGGGACACAUAGAAAAAUGGGGAGGUACAACUCCAAGUGAAUGCAGAUUGGGAGAAGACACAGGCGCCACAAUGACAUGGAGGCUGGGAGGGAGUCCAGACGGUAGCAUCUCCUGAGCGCCACAUCCCAAGGAGACCCCCGGAUCCUCCCCGACAGAUGCUGCAAUCCAGCUGAGGAUCCAACAUAGUAAAUGACCGCCAGCCGGGAAGGAGGCGGGACGUGGACCGUAUGACUGUUCUUACCCGCGUCAGUCUUUGUCUGUCUCACAGUCAUGUCAUUACCAAAGAUACAAAUUGAGGAACCAGAAGAUGAAGCUGAAGGUAACUCCGUCCCACCAACAGAUGACCAUCUAAGAAACUUGAAGGCCCUGACUGAGAAGUUGAGGUUGGAGACCAGGAGACCGUCCUAUCUAGAAUGGAGGGCGAGACUGGAGGAUCAACCCUGGAAGAGCCCAAAUCUUCCUGUGGAGCAAGAGGUGGAGGAAAAAACACAAACUGAAGGGGCAAUAGGCUCAACGGUUGAGAGGAAACCGGAUCAGAAGCCCGCGGCGGUCCCGAAGGAAAAAAGCAUAUUCACGUCCGGGAAGAUCCAUGGCUUCGAUAGCAUCGACGAGGCUCUGAAUUGGCUCAGGAAGGAGCUGACAGAAAUGCGUCUUCAGGACCAGCAGCUGGCCAGGCAGCUCAUGAGGCUCCGCAGCGACAUCAACAAGCUGAAGAUCGAGCAGACCUGUCACAUCCAUCGACGGAUGCUGAACGACGCCACCUACGAACUGGAGGAACGGGAUGAGCUCUCCGACCUCCUAUGUGACUUCCCCAUGAUGUCCUCCUUUGGCCUUUCUACGCCCCUUAAACUUAUUGGGGUUACCAAAAUGAACAUCAACUCUCGAAGGUUUUCCCUCUGCUAGAACCUUUGGCAAUGUUCCAGGAGGUGUCCACCCAAAAAGGUCAUCAUAGUGUUCUGCUGCCUUGUAAUAGUUCCACCAUGUCAUGCCGCCCAACGCUGUGACUCACGCGUCAGACAAGGCAAACUAUCCUAUAGCAUGGCGGUCAGCCGAAUUCCAGAGAGGAGUGUACAAUCCAAUGUUCAUUCCGACACUAGAUGUCCAUCACAACUGUUAGAUGUUACCAAUGUUCUGUAAUAUACAUCCAGGUAUGGUGUCCUGGUGGGAUGUGGAGUUUAUAGAAACAGUAUUGAAGGACGGCGACAAGAUAUGACCAUUGUAUUUAAAGCACAAUGUUGCAGUGUUCGAGCACUGGUGGCCUAUGACAAAUUCACACAAUGGUAGUCAAUGUCUUAUAGAUCCCUCAUCACAUCUUCUAGGUGGCCAACACCACCAACAUUGACCACCAAAAUUUGUGGUUACAUUUUCCGACUUUUGGUCAAGCUCCCAGUCUAGUUCGUUGCCAAAAAUUGGUUGGCAGAAUCUACAGGAACCCCGCCCAUUGGCUCCUCCUGAUGUAUGGAGGUGCGCACGAUGUCAGGAUGUUGGACGGACCUGACCUUAGAGAACAUCCCUGUCUGCCUUGGAGGUGGCUCUGCGCUCCUUCAGCAGGUUGAAAAAUGCUGAUGAUAUAGUACGGUUAGGGUGAGGGGUUUUCUUGAUGGGCAGGUGCUUCGGAUUGGUGGGUUUUUCGGAUGCUGGCUAACUUUAUUGCAGCGGGCAGAUUGGCACCCCCAUCAAGAGGGCACUCUAGGCGGCUGCCUAUUUUGCCUAUAGGCAGAGCCGGCCCAGUCUAUAAAGCUGAGACAAGGGGUGGGUAGAGAAGGCAGCUGCCUUAGGCACCAUCGGAAGGGAAUGCCAUUUAUGGUCCAUUAUUGGGGGUUUUGCACAAGCACUUUCCUGACUUUUGCAGUAGAUUGUACAUUGAUUUAUACAACAUCUGAAACAAAAUAAACCUAGACACCAGCUGUGCCAUGGUUAAUGCAAGCACCGCCCCCCCCCCCCCCCCCGGGCCCCCCGAACACACACACAGGGCGCAUGCCAUAACGAUUUAUACAAGGCAGGAAAGUUAGGAAAAUACAGAUUGUCAUCACUUGGCUCUGGGAGAACAAGGAAUCUCAUCACAUGACCAAUCCUGACUUUAUACAUUUGGAUUUUAGGACUUGUUUUCCCAACAUUACACAGUAGAUAUAUAUAUAUAUAUAUAUAUAUAUAUAUAUAUAUAUAUAUGUGUGUAUAUAUAUAUAUAUAUAUAUAUAUAUAUAUAUAUAUAUAUAGACUGGGCCAGUAAGUAACAGUUUAAACAACAAUCAUGAGAAGUAUUUCUGCUUAUUUGUCUUGCACUAAUUCUGACAUACAUUAGGAGGGGGUGUUAUCAUAUCAAUUUGGGCAAUAUUAUUUUUUUUCAUAUGCACAGUUUUCUUUGCCGGAGGUUUCUGUGUCUAAUCUAAAAAGUUGCAGAUGCAACAUAAUAAAAUGGGUGAAUUUUUUUUUAAAGAAUGGGCAACAGGGGGAAAACACACACAAAUUCAUGAACUUCCCACACCCUAUCCCACCUAGGGAGUGGAGCACGCUUGUGUACUUUUUUGCGCAAAAUUCCUUUUCUGUUUUUUUUUUUUUGUUUUUUUUUAAUGCAGAGGAUAAAUGCAACAAAAUAAUUUGCCCACAUUGACUCAUUAAGGGUACGGUCACACCAAGCGCAUCUGCAACGAAUUUCACAAAGCGGAUGUGCCGAUGACAGUCACAAGAGCGAGCUGCCUGCUGCGGCUGGGUAGCUCUGUGUGUCUGCUCGUAGCAGUGGAUUUCCUGCUGCACAUCUGCUACGAACAGGCACUAUUGUGCCUACAGUGGGAAAUCUGCCGCUACGAGUGGACUCAAAAAGCUACCCAGCCGCAGCAGUGAGCUCGCUUUUGUGACUGCCGUCAGCGUAUCAGCAUUGUGAAAUACACUGCGGAUGUGCUACCCUUACCCAAAUGUGCAAAUUUACACAAUGACACACAUGCAAACAUUUACACAAUUACACAGGCGCAAAAAUGUACACAAUUACACAGGCUCAAAAAUGUACACAAUUACACAGGCGCAAAAAUGUACACAAUUACACACACCCACAAAUUUACACAAUUACACACAUGCAAAAAAUUUACACAAUUACACACACAGAAAAAUUUAGACAAUUACGCAAAUGCAAAAAUGACGAAGCUACUGCCUACUGCAAAAAAUAUGGGAAAAAACAAUCAACAAAUAGCCACCAGCCAAAAAAACACGCAAAACAUGGCAAGAAAUCAUGCAAAGACAACGAUUAAUUCAAUCCCCCCCACCCCCCAGGCUCAUUCUAGAUAAUCAGCCCGUGUAAAAGGGUCAACGAUCAGCCGGUGAAUGAGCAAAUGCCGAUUCGUCGGGUGAUGGGAUAUUUUGUGCAGUCAUUUAAAUUAUUGUUAUAGGACGCACUUCGCCCUGUGUAAACAGCAAGGUCAACGAUGAUGAAUUUAAAGAGCUGCACGAAUGAUCCAGUGAUCAUUUCUGUGACCCGGCCGCAUGAUUGGUCAAGCCUUGUCAAGGCUCAGCAAACGAGUGCCGAUCACCCAGAUUGGCUCUCGUUAUCAUGGCAGUGUAGACCCAUGUCAAAAGGCCGUUAUACUCCAUUCACAUUCAGAUCUGCAUUCAGAUUUCUUCUGGCUUUCUCCCCCCGCUUCUGAUUCAAUGUGGGCAUAGAAUAGUGUCCCCCUAACCUGUAGCAAAACUACAACUCCCAUUAUGCCCGGACAGCUGAAAGCUGUCCGGGCAUGAUGGGAGUUGUAGCUUUGCUAGAGCUGGAGAGCCAUAGGACAUUGGCGUGGAGCCUACUUUGUUGUGGUACUUUAAGGGGAGCCACAUGAUAAUGUGAUAUGGACAAAAAAUACAUCUCCCACAAUGCAAGAGAUCCCAACAUUUGUACCAUGAUGGCUUUCAGCCAGAGGAAUUGUAAACCCUGCUUAAAAUAUGACUGGAGUCUCAAAUGUAAUAGUGUAAACUAUUAGACACCCACAGCCAAAUCGGCUGUUUACUAGGCGGGAUCUAUUAGAUCACAUGGUCUUUAGAUAUUCCCGAUAGCACAUGCUUGAUAAGUGUUCAUCGUAUGACAAAACAUUGUAUCCACAGCACCUUGUGACAGCAAUAACAGUGUUUCCUCUAGAAUCGUCAGCUAACAUAUAAUUACGUCGUCUAUGUAGCGAUAGCCUAAAGCUUACAGCAGAUUAUGCCAUCCAUUUACUGUACUUUAAAACAACACCGACUGAUGCCUUUUCCGUUCCUACUUAUCAUCCAUUUGUUGAAUUGUACCAUUUGAUUGUAUAUGCAUAAUAUUUGAUAGUUUCCUUUUUUCUAUGUUGCCUUUUUUUGCUAUUUUUUUAUGUAAUAGUUAAUUCCAAAGUGCGUUUUGAUGAUUAAUGCAAAAAAAAGCGUCAAUGAGACAAAAACUGAGUUCAUUUUUAAUGUUUUAUGAAUGUAUAUGGAAUUUUUAUUCCUCCUAGAAAAAAAAUAUUAAAAAAUAAAAAGGACAUGGGCAUUCAGAAUAAAUGAAAACUGAGUAUC